AAAAACACAGCUGAUUUGGCUGAUUGUUAUUUGUGAGUUAUUUUUUUGGUUGGGCAACAAAAUUAAUUGAUUAAAUAUGUUGAUGAUUAGAAAACUAUGUACAUGUAUAUUUUUAAUUUUAGAAUUGAUUAGUUUAUGCUAUUCAGAGUGUGUUAAGACAUCAAAAUGUGAGUGUGUUAAAGAUGAUGGCUGGGGUUUUGAUUUGUCAACAUUGACAGUAAAUGGACCAGUGACAAGUAAAGAUGGCAAUUUUGUAUUUAAUCCAUGUCAAGAUGUUGACUUGAAUUUUAUUGAUACAUCUGAAAAAGGAUGCAAUUCUACAGUGCUUUGUUGGAAAAAUGGUAAUACUUCAUUGAGCCUUGGAACAUAUGAUAAGGCACACUGGGAAUUAAUUCAGGGACGUACAAAUUUACGUUUAACAUUGAUUAAUAAUUUUGGAAAAGGUACAUUUGUUGAUUUAGAUUGUUGUCAAGAUUCUUGUGAAACAACACUAGAUGCAUCACAAUUUAAAACACAAAAAAAAAUCAAGAUAACAUCGCCAGUUAAUUGUCAAAAAAAUAUACAAUAUAAAAAUGAAUUAUCAACUGGUUCAAUAUUGUUAAUACUUUUAAUAGUAUUUAUGGGAUUGUACUUGAUAAUUGGAGUACUUGCAUUGAAAUAUUUUCAAGGUGCUGUUGGCUGGGAAUUAAUUCCAAAUCAUGAUUUUUGGACAAAUCUUCCUGGUCUUGUUCGAGAUGGAUAUAUCUUUACAAUGAGUCGCUGGUCAGCAAACAGUUAUGAAAGUAUUUGAAUUCUCUCUGAUGACAUAUCCAGCAACGUGAGUGAGUCCUGUAAGCCCAGAGUUUGUCAAUUAUUUAUUUUUGUUUUUGUUUUUUAAAUUUAUCAUUCAAUACAUUAGAUUCACUGAUGAUCAUUUAAAAACAGUGGUCUAUUUAUAUAUUUUUUUUUUCUUCUUUUCAUUUAUUAUAUAUUUUUUAAAAUAUGAAAAAUACAAAUUAGACUCUCGUGUGUUUUUUUUUUUUUUUUCAUUUCAUAUAUUCAAUUGUUAAAUUUUGAUAACUUUAAAAAAAAUUAAUAUUAAGUAUACAGUUUAAUUAGCUGACAAUGUGAUUGACAAUAAAUUUUGUAUCAAUAAAAAUUAUGAUAUAUUUAAUAAUUAAAUUUUACUGAGAAAUUAUAUAUCAAUUUAUCAUGAAAAUUUAGCUCAAGAUCUUGCAACAAUUGUCGAUGAAUUUACAGCUUAAAAUAUUAACGUUAAUAUUAUUUCAAUGACAGUGGUAAUUGGCUUGCAAUUAGAACAAAUCAAAAUGUUACUAUUAAUUGUCGGUUUUCUACGAUUAAAAUAUGUUAUAUAUUUUUUAAACAGAAAUAUUAUACAUUUAAUUAAAAAACAAAAAAUCAUCUGUUAUAACUUAAUUUUAUUUCAUCUUGUUAUAAUUUACAAUAUAUUUUUUUUCUUACUUAUUUUCAUUAUACAUUUUUUAUUGAUAUUAUUUCAAAUUAAAAUAUAAAAAAUUAUCUCAAAAGCGUGAAACAAUUUAUUAAUAUUAAACAUAAUUGAAGGAGAA